AUGUGGCCCACGUAUCUGCUCUUCAUCCACAUCUUCUUCGCUGUUCUUGUGCAGGGAAGGAACGGUGCCGGAGAGUUUUUGGAGCAAGCCAUCAAGCUGAUGGAGGAGAGUCCGCUGCUGGACACUCAUAUCGAUCUGCCACAGAUCAUCCGAAGUUUGAACCGACGUCCACUGGACGGAAUCGCCCAACUGAACAGGUCCUUCCCAGGCCACGUGGACAUCCCACGCAUGCGGGAAGGACGACUCGGCGGCGCCUUCUGGACCGUAUGGGCGCCGUGCUACGAUGUGGUAGGAGACGACCCCGGGCCAGAUUUCAACAAUCCCACCAACCACGUGCGCGACUCGCUGGAGAUGCUCGACGUGAUCCAGAACAUGAUCGCGAGGCACCCGGACGACCUACAAUACGCGCGAUCGUCGAAUGAGGUAUGGGAAGCGUUCCGCGCCGGCAAGAUCGCAUCUCUCAUUGGCAUGGAAGGCACGCAUUUGCUGGGGAACUCGCUGAGCGUGCUGCGCAUCUUUGCGCAACUAGGUGUUCGCUACCUGACGCUCACGCAUACGUGCCACAGCGCGUUCGCAUCGUCCGCGGGGCCUGGCACGCCGAUUCCACAAGCCCAUGAAGGCAACGCGCUGACCGAUCUAGGCGUCGAGCUCAUCAAGGAACUCAACCGUGUCGGCAUCAUGGUGGAUCUCGCGCACACCACCAUCCCGACCAUGCGGCAGGCGAUUGAACUCUCUGAAGCCCCCGUGGUCUGGACGCACGCCGGCGCUCGCGCGCUGUGGGACCACCCGCGCAACGUGCCCGACGAGAUCCUGGACAUGCUGGGCGAUGGGCCGGGCCAGAAGGACGGCCUGAUCCAGUCGAUUUUCUUCCCGACGUUCAUCGGCCCGUAUCCUGGAGCGAAUGUGACGCACGUCGCGGACCAUAUCGAGUAUAUCGCCGGGAAAGUUGGGAAGAGUAGAGUCGGGAUUGCCUCGGAUUUCGAUGGCAUGUAUCUCACUGUGGAAGGUUUGGAGGAUGCGAGCAAGUAUCCUAAUAUCGUCGCAGAACUCCUGGCCCGAGGCUGGACGCCCGACGAGCUGCGCGGCGCCAUGGGCGGCAACUUGAUGCGGAUCAUGGAUAAAGUGGACGCGGUGAGCGAGCGUCUGACCAAGGAGCGGCUCCCAUCGCCAGCCAUCUGGGAGAAGCGAACAGACCUGCCGUCGACCAAGUGGGGCGGCGGCGGCCAGCACGUCUAUUGGCCCUCGGAUGUCAAGGCGGCUGUUGAGAGGAUGUAUUUGCGUCAUGAUGAGUUGUGA